CUAGAUUUGUGUCAGAAUAUUGUCGUAUCGUAACAAUCUCACAUUUUUGGAGAACACCCGGGCUGGCUGGGAGCGAUUGAGAGGGGAGGGGAGAUACAGAGGCGAAGAUGGAGACUCCGCCGGUGUUCCAGGAGGCUCCGAGGUGUGACGUUUGCAACUGCGGCUUCACCACUUUCCGGCGAAGGCACCACUGUCGAUGCUGUGGUAGGACUUUGUGCAGUGAACAUUCAUCAAAUCAAAUGGCUCUACCUCAGUUUGGCAUCCUUUCAAAUGUCAGAGUUUGUGAAGAUUGUUUCAAUAAUCGUUCUCGAUCUGGAGAAAAUGGUCAAAGGUCUUAUGAUACAGUUGCUGCUGUAGUAAAUGGAGUUUCAAGAUUAAAUGUGAAUGAGAAUGAUGGCCCUGAAGCUAAUUCAAUCUCUAGGGCUGUUCCUACUGUACUUGAGUGCAAAUGUGGAAUGCCAUUAUGCAUUUGUAAACCUCCAACACCAGAUCCAUUGCCCUCACAGAAUAUUUCCGUUUCUAGUAGUCAUUCAAAUCCAAGGCCGAAGAAUCCCUCAUUAAACCAGAGAACAACGGGGUCCAUCUCAAGGAAGCCCUCUUCUUCUUCUUCUUCUUCUUCAAACAGCAAGUCCAGUUCAUUUUUAAACAUGGGCCAAGCAAGCAAUGGUAAUGUGGACAAGCCUAAAGCAGAUUAUGAUGUCAGUGGAGAGGGUUUAAGAGAUGCCAUCAAGAAUAGUGACCCUGCUGGUGUCAGAAAGCUUCUGAGUGAGGGUGUGGAUGCUAACUACUGUGACAAGCAAGGCAUGACUCCACUACAUUUGGCUGCACUGUUUAACCAUACUGAGAUAGCUUUUAUUCUUAUGAACCAUGGAGCCAGUGUGGAGAGGAAGAAUGCUCAAGGGGAAACCCCUCUCGAUUGUGCUCCCACCAUGCUGCAGUAUAAGAUGCGGCAGAAGAUUGCAGAAGCCAUGACUGACACAGCCAGGAAUCAGUCACCUAUAAACUGAACCUUUAAUCAAUCCAAGCUAACUUCUUCAUGGAGCAGAUAGACUUGUGAGGUUGAAAUUGUUUAAUUUUCGUAUUAUCAGACCUAACUUAUAUAGUUUAGGGCUCUUAUUUUUAUUUCAACUUCUAUCAUAGAAAUGCCGAAGCUUGUUAUUGCCAUCUUAGCGUGCAGAGAAAUAGCUGAAUGAAUCUGUGUGCGUGGAGCAGGUAAUCAAAUCAUUUCUAUGCUGUAAAAUAAAAUUAAUAAUUUUGUUGUAUAUUUGAUGGAUGUUAUGAUGCACUGUAUUUCUAUGGAUUGAUUGAUUUUUUGUCA